AAAUAGACCACAGAAACAAAGAGGGAGGCACAAGGUGGGUGAUAGCCAUAGGCGUUGCUGUUAUAAGUUGGCGUGUGGGUGAUGGACGACAAGUGGAAGGUAUCAAAGAAGGAAAGAGGCUCGAGUUCAAGCGGCCAAGCGUGGAGCUCUAGUGACAGCAAGUCAGUAUUCGCCAGGAGUGCCUCAGCAAAAAGCUCCUCUACUUCUAACUCUCCUCUGCUUCGAAGCUUUUCUCACAAGGCUCCUUCCUCUGCAUCGUCCUCCAGCUCCAAGUCCAAUCUUCCCAGGAGUUUCUCCCAAAAGAAUUCCACCUCCAUAGGUAAAAAAUGCACCGAUUUGGCCAAGGAACAGAAAGCCAGGUUUUACAUAAUGAGGCGGUGUGUUGCCAUGUUAGUUUGCUGGCACAAGCAUAGAGAUUAAUUCUUGAAGCAAGUAUAUAGCAGAACAGAACACCCUAGCUAGGCCUACUUUACAUUCUGUGGCUUUAACUGAUACAGAUCCAACCUUUUUUCUUUCUCAUUUUUCAAUAUAGAUUCGAUUGUAAUGACGACUAAGUUGAGUUGAAGGU